AUGAAACAUUUGAAAUCAUGUUAUUAUUUUAUACUUAAAGGUUUAACUAAACGAACUUGGAAAGAUAAUGGUUUAGCUGAACAAAUGUUCGAAGAAUUAAAACUUUCUGCAACAUCAGUUGAACAAAAAAUUCGUCUCUAUAAUUCAUUUGCUAGUGGUUUACUUAAAUAUAAUUAUGCUGAAAAAGCUAUGGCAAUUCUUGAUGAAAUGAGACAAAAUAAGAUUUCAAUUGAUUUAACAACAUAUAAUUAUCUUCUUCGUUCAAUUAGUUCUAUUAAAGAAUCUUAUGAAGCACGUUGGCAAUUUAUAACUGAAUGUUUACAAGAUAUGAAACAAAAUUCUAUUCAACCAAAUUUACGUACAUUUAAUUCAAUACUUUAUACAUUAAGACGUUGUUCAGUAUAUGAACAAGGUCCAAUAUUAGCAUUAUCAAUACUAAAGGAAAUGCGACAAUGUGGAAUUGAACCAUCAUUAGGUACAUGGGCACAUAUAAUUAUGAUAUUUUAUCCAAAUGAUCAAAUUGGUUAUGAAACACAAAUAUUACCACAGAUUAUGGAUGAAUUAGAAAAACAAUAUGAAUCAAAUGGACAUCAAUUUCAAUGGAAAGAUAUUGAUGAUAGUGAAUUCUUUUUUAAUGCAAUGUUUAAAGCGACAGUAAAUUGUCGAGAUAUUGACUUAGCUAAACGUAUUCAUCGUUUUCUUAUGACUGGUUCAAAUAGUCGUUUUAUCCCUGAUGGUUUUAAAGAACAAAUGUAUUAUGCAAAUUUAUUUCGUUUACUUUUUCGUGUUGAUAUGCCUGAACAGGUUAUGCCAUUAUGGGAAUCCGUUGUACCAAAUAUUUAUUCACCAUCAAUAAAUGUUAUUGAAGAUCUAAUGGAAUUUAUUUCAACAUGGAAUAUAAAUGAUUAUUAUGUUCGUCUUUGGUCAGAUUUACUUAUGUUAGGUUUUAUUGAUAAUAAACAAAAUAAUCGUCGAAUUAUUGAACGUUAUUUAAUGUUACUUAAUCGUCCAAAUACUCAGGAAAAUUUAUCGAAAGAUCAAAUUAAACAGUAUGCAAAUAUAGCACGACAAAUAUUAAAACGUUUUCCUUUAGUACCUGAAGAAGAAGAACAAAAAUUUGGAAAUACGAAUGAUAAUCAAAAACAAGAAAUUAGUGAAGAACAACAACGAAGAAAUCAAUUUAAACAACUUCAACCAGUAUUUCAAUAUAGUGGACAAUUAUUAUCAAAUCUUAUUUGUUUAUUAGCACAAGCCGAUGAUUUGGAUGCUAGUUGGUCAUUAUACGAACAUUAUUUAUCGAAUAAAAAUACACUUAUUAAUCCAUUAAAUGAAAAAAGUCUUAUGUUAUUAUUAUCAUUAUCAAUCAAACAAAAUCAUAUUAAUCGUGCAUUAGAUAUAAUUGAAACAAUCAAUGAACUUAAUUAUGAAUGUUUAAGUGAUGCACUUGAUCUACUUAAUCGUAAUGUUAAUUUAAGUAUUAAUGAUCGACAACGUUUAAAAACAAUACAAAAAAAUUCUUCAUUAGAGAGUGCACAUCAUGUUAAACUUAUUUAG